GCAGACACCCACCGGCUCACGUAAAACAACCAGCAGCCAUGUCGGACUCUGACGACAGCCCCCGGCGAAAGCGAAUGCGCUCAAACUCGAGCUCGCCGACUGACGCACCCGAAUCAGAUCAGGUUAAACUCGAAAAAGAAGACGAGGAUCUCGAGAUCGACAAAGACGACGAGGCAGAAGACGACUACCACGACGACGACGACGACGAUGACGACGACGAUGACGACGAAGAAGAGGAAGAGGGCGAGGCCGAUGACGCGGACGCAGACGCAGACGCGGACGCGGACGGAGACGACGAGGCCUCUGCGGCCGACGACGACGCCGAUGCAGACAAAGAAGAGGGCGAGAUCGAAGAAGGCGAAGACGUCGAAGAAGCCGUCGUCGAGAAGCCCGUCGCCAGUCCCGCGCCUCCCAAACGACGCGGUCGCAAACCUGGCUCGGGAUCAAGUACACCGGCUGCCGUAGCUGCUCGCGCAAAACGAGGAAGAACAUCGACUCCCGUUCCCGCUCCGAAAGUCCACCGUGGCAAGCAGGCCAAGCAGCCACCCCCGCAGCCUGGCUCCGAGCACACCACUGACAAACUCAACGACGAAGGCGACGAAUACAUCGUCUCCCAAAUAGAUCCCGAGGGAGAAAAGAAAAUCGCUGCCGAUGGCUCCCUUCUCGGCGGCCGCGUCUACAGAAUGCGCGUCUUCAGACUCCCCCAGCACGGUGACAAGUACUUCAUGAUGGCAACCGAGUGUGCCAAAGAGCUCAAUUACCGUGACUCCUAUCUUCUCUUCAACAAAAACCGCUCGCUCUACAAACUCAUCGCCACCCAGAACGACAAAGAAGCCCUCAUAGAGAUGGGUCAUCUACCAUACGCAUACCGCUCUCGCCAGAUCGCGCUCGUCACCGCCAGAUCGAUGUUUCGCCAGUUUGGCUCUCUCUGCGUCGUCGACGGCCGCCGCGUGCGCGACGACUAUUUCGAACAAAAAGCCCGCUCCGAGGGUUUCACCGAAGCUGAUUUUGCUAUUGAAAAGAAAGUCGUUCACCACACGACGACCGUCAAAGACCCGACGCAGGAAUCCGCAGCGCCAAAAGUCGACACCAUGCCCUCAUUCUCCGAGCAGCAUCUCAUGAACUCUCGCGCAGACUCGGCCGGCCAGAUCGUCUACGGCACAAGAGGGGUUCCAAAGAUCCUUGACCGUCCGAUCGAGCACAUCAUCCGCGUCUUUUCGAAAUCCGUCAGUGCACCUAUGGACCCACAAGACGAACCAGUCAAGUUCAAUACCGCUCUUGCGCGCGGUACACGCAUGGACAUGACCAAGCGGUCCUCGCUUCACGCAAUCUCUGAAGCCUCGGCUGGAGCACUUGAGUUUAAUGCUUUUAUUGGUCAAAAACGCCGACUGAGGAAUCAACAGUGGCAUGAUUUCUGGCUGCCGAAAAAGCCAGAGGAGAGUGCGGAGAAGCAGGAUGUCGUCGUGCUCCGUGACGAGCCGGGCUUUCAGACGGAUAUCGCGAACCCGUCUUUUGUACAUUAGGUGUAUUUUAUGUGUAAUUUAUAGUAAUAAGGUCAAUAGGAAUAUUUUAAAGAAUAAAUGUUGGUUAAUUGUUGUAAUUGUGAUUAUAAAC